AACGAGCAGGUCAAAAGGCACAGUGGACAUGACUCCUGCUCUCUCAUCCUCCUUCGUUGCCGGCGAUGCAGUCCACGAUGUCCGCGACAGAUGACACGAUUCUCCGCCCCGUCCCUCAGACCGGGAACGCUGUCACCGAAAAGACGCCUGGGUCGCCGCCGCUAACAGUCACUGGAGUGGCCGAGAACGACGAAGCGCAAGGUGGCUUCGAGUCUGCUAUCCCGAAUGAGCCGUCUCCUCACUCAUCUACAAAACUAGAAGUGUUGAAACUCAAAGAUCCUGCAGUAAAGGACUUCGGCUGGAACAGUCCUCCCCACGCCGUCCCAUCGCCCCUUGUCCAUGGAGUGCCGAACGAUGACCUUUGGGUACUCAUCAGACGAUUUAAUAAGCAAGUCUUCAAUGUCCGAGUGGUAGACAAUGUACCCGGGUUGCUGGAUAUGGAACUAUCCGAGAACGAGGAAUUUUCUCCGGACAAGCUACGGGCCACACUGGAACGUUUUUACAUGGAUGUGAUUGUAGGCGUGGCCGCUUUCUUUAAGCAUAUUGCCCGCUUGCGUUCAUGGAACGAGCCUCGUAGGACAGCAUGGUUUGCUCUGGCGUAUGUUAUUGCGUGGUGGUUCAAUAUCCUCAUGCCUGCGUUCUCUGUCACCCUCGCAGUCCUAAUCGUCGAUCCGCCGACAAGGAGGCUGUUGUUCCCUCCUGCCCCGCUUUCUGCGAUUAGCGCAACGCCGGUACUUUAG